AUGAUGGCGUUUCGCACCUCAAACAAUGCUGGCUUCGCCGGUGCGGAGCCCGAGGGGCUCGGAGAGCAGGCGGGUUUCCAGGGCGAGCGUGCACCCCGAUGGGGACGAAACCGCCCUUUGCGUGCGUCGAAGCAUCGCGUGUUUCUUCUUUUUCUUGCCUCGCUUGCUGUUGCGUCGUCGAGCUUUUGUUUGUUGACGGAGCAGAGAGCUGUGAAGUACAGGGACAAUGGGGCGGUCUCCUCACCCAAUUCUUAUCGUGGACUUUCCGAAGACAUGGAAUUCGACGCAGAAGAGGCGAAAAUCGAAGGACGAGACCGCCGGGGCACGAUGAAGCGUGAAGGGGGAAAACGUGGGGGAAGGGUGGGCAGGAAGGGAAGGGCGGACAAGAAUGGCGUCAGCAAACGUGCGCGCGGCGCCUCUUCUGGACUCUUUGUGGUGUCGAUUCUCCUCCUCACCGCCGCCCUCGGAGUCCAGUACACGACCUGGGGAAAAGCGCUUCGCAAGGCUGUGCUCUCAGAAGGCGAGGAACCUCCUGAGGAAGGCACAGAGGCGCCGAUUGGGACUGAGGAACUCUUCAGCGCCGUCUUCCCUAAAGAGAAUCGGGACGCCCUACUCAGCGCCCUGGAAGCUGAGGACGACGAGAGACAGGCUCGAGCUGCCUCUGCACGGAGAAGACGAAUCCUUGCGAUCACCGUCGCCGCGGGCAUUGGCCUCGCAGCCGCGGCCGUCGCAAUCCAGCAGCACCGCCCGGAGUACUACGACACCGCGAUGCAGAAAACGGGAUCGCUGCUUGAAUGGGGGCGUCAACUCGUGUCGUCGACGAAGUAUGUACAGCUGUUCAACAGCCUUUUGGAGAGGACGCAAACGGCGCGGUCUUUUAUUGUGCAGCACGGAUCACCGGCCAGCCUCAUAAGCCUGACGACUCCGGCGGAGGUAGCACUUAUGGGUAUGGUCCUCCUUCAGUUGCUGUCCUCGCCGCUCCGCCACAUGGCUAAGGUGCUCCGCAUGGCCGAUGUCGUCGAAGCUCUGCAACAGAUCAGAAAGAAUCAAGGUCCCCUGCGCGGUGUCGACUUUCUGGAGGCGUACGUUGGAAACCAGGAGGAACUGCGCAUUCUCCAGCAGACCGUUCUGAGCAACCUGAAGACGGGAGAACUCAGUGUUUUUUCUCCUCCCUCCCCCGAGGAAGUACUUGCGGAGCUGCGGUUGCGACGGAUAUGGGUGGAGGUGAAGAUCGCGGAGUUUAAAAAGAUGCGAGAAGACGUUCUGCGGCGAGCCCGACAGGCGGCGGCUGCAUCGCCGACAGAAGAAACCGUGGAGAAACUCACGGAGUCCCUGGAGACGGCGGUGAGGGAGGCAGGCGCGGAAAUCCGGAAGCAAAUGCUCUUCCUCAAGGACAUUAUCAAGGGACAGCGCCUCGUCCAACAAGUGGCUCUGUCUGGGUCGAAACGGCGUGACGCGUUGAAGAAGCUGGACGGGGAACUGCCUCGCGUGGAGCUGCUGCUGAAGACCGAGAAAGACAUCGAGGACCGUCUCGUUGCAAAUGCGGAGACGUUGUUCCGGAAAGGUCGUGCGGGAACAGACUAUCUUGAGGUCGACAGAAUACUGGAUCUCGCUCAGACGGCUUCAAAGAUUCGAGCUAAAGAGCGGAAUUUGCCGGAGCCAGCGGCAGAGAAGAAAUCGGGAGAGUCGAAGCCCGAUCAAUAG